CAUUGGCCGAUACGUGUGCUGUUGGCCAAUCAUUACUCCAGAUCAGACAAUGUUGCCGAUUAGUCAGCCUUUAAGUAAAAGGCAACAAGUGUCUCAGCCCCGCCACUAAAUAUUAUCACAGGACUUUCCAUUUGUUGGCAACUAAAAUUUGUUAACCACUCAUUUUUUUUGUAAAAUUUGUUUGGCGCUUAUUCUUGUUCAGUACGAGCAUUUCCUGUUUCUUGGUUUGAGUGUAUGCCUACUCUUUAAACUUGAAGCUUGAUCAUGGUAAAUCAAAACAUGUACCUAACUCCGCUGUCUGCCUUGACACCAGCAACAAUUGAACAACUAGGAAUGAUGCUUGACUCUAGGAAGGUGAUUCCCACAUCCAAAGGCCACUUAAGAGACUGGAGAGGCCUUGCAGAGAUGGUCGGAUUGAGUGCUGUCCAGCAGAGUGCGUUGAACGGAAAAGCAAAUUGCCUCUUCACCGAGGAAGUGCUGAAACUGUGGCAAACGCUGAAGGAUCCCAAGUUGCCUCCAAAUAUCGGAACUCUUCAGGACUUGCUGGAGGAAAUCGACAGGUGGGACAUCCACGAUGACUUGGCGCCUCAGUUCGAAUUGGACGCUGAAAAGUACAGGCAGCCUGUGGAGCAGUCACAAAUUGACAGGAAAAAGCAGCAAAAUUCUAGCGAUAGAGAAAUAAUUACUAUUGACGACACAGUACUUGUUGAGAAGGGUCUUCCACCCCAGCAGUAUGAUGUCAUGCUUUUGUAUGCUGAUGAAGACUAUGCCAGAGCAAAUGAAAUUCUAGAGCGACUAGAGGAAAGGAAUAUUAAGGUUUUUAUUAAAAACCGUGACCUGAUCCCAGGAGUUUUCGAAUUUGAUGCCGUCUUAGAAAUGAUUGCCAACAGGUGCAACAAGAUAGUGGUCAUAUUUUCUGAUCCUCUCUUUCAAAAUGACAAAUUAAAUAGUUUCCUGGUAUCAUACGCUCAAGUGGUUGGCAUAGAAACGGACAAGAGAAAAAUAAUACCAGUCACAUUUGAGAUGUGCAACAUCCCAAGCAAACUGCGCUUCAUCUACAGAGUGGACUACUCCAACAACCAACACUGGAAUUUUUAUGACAAACUCUACAACUCGGUCAGACCUAGUCAUUUGCCUCCAUCAACGCAGCUGAUGCCAAGGGCAACAAAGCCGUCUCUGUCAGAGGAAAUAGAACCCAUGAAAAGUGCCACAUCGACUUCCCUAGAUUCGGCAUACUUGAGCGAGUCACCCCCUUGGUCCACGCCUCUGGAGGAGGCGAAACGGACCAAGAAUAAAAAAUUGAAGUUUUUGAAGAUAUUCAACAAGGGCAAAAAGAAAGUAGGGCAGUCUGUAGCUUCGUGAAGGGAAAGAAGCGAUAUUUGUGAUACUUUCAAAUCGAUUUAUUGACGCUUGUGUACAUAAUAAAAUAAUAAUAUAAUUACUGGUUAAAACAAGACAA